UAAAUCCAACCUGAUCCAAUAGAUUAUCCGGUCUUUUCUUUUUGGAGUCAACUCGAAUGCUUUCGAUCGGGUUCGGAUCGGGUUGGUUUGUUGGAGGACCGCAUGACACCCCUGCCGACCUCUGACGCCUUGUUCGACUCCUGCAACUCCCAGAAAGUUCGGUUUUUUCUCUUUUUGUUCUUUUCCUCGCUCCGUUAUUUUGCUGCUCGACUAGGGCUGGGACUAGGGCUCGGGCUUCAAUUUAUGCCCAGAAUCCCUAGUCUGCGAUGGCUUCCGGCAAAGACGACGCCGAUCGCUCGUCCGACUCCCCAUCAGCACUUAAGAACCCGUAUAAAGAUCCUGAUGACGGCCGACAACGAUUUCUACUCGAGUUGGAGUUCGUUCAGUGCCUGGCCAACCCUACCUACAUCCACUAUCUUGCUCAAAAUCGGUAUUUUGAGGAUGAGGCGUUUAUUGGAUACUUGAAAUACCUUCAGUACUGGCAACGACCAGAGUACAUAAAAUUUAUAAUGUACCCGCACUGCCUUUUUUUCCUUGAGCUUCUCCAAAAUGCAAACUUUCGCAAUGCAAUGGCACAUCCUGGAAGCAAGGAAUUGGCUCAUAGACAGCAGUAUUUCUUCUGGAAAAACUAUAGGAACAACAGACUGAAGCACAUUCUACCACGCCCUAUUCCUGAGCCUGCUGCACCUCCUGCUCCAGCUCCUGUUCCAGCUCCACUUCCAGCUCCAUCACCUGCACCAGUGCCAUCUAUGACCACUGCUGCUGCACCAGCACUUUCUCCCAUGCAGUUUGUCGGAGCACCUGGGUCUGCUCUCCAAAAGACUGACAUGAGAAAUGCCAUGGGAGACCGUAGGAAGAGAAAGUAUAAUCUUUGUUUGUCUAUCUGCAUACACAUUCAACAUCUUAUUGCUCAGUUAUAUAUGAAUGAAGGAAGGUUGAAAGGCCAAAUGUUAUUUCUUGGCAAAGGAGGUCAAUGUUGGCUGCUUGCAGGGUGGGAGAAGGCUUUUUCCACCACUUGGCCUGAUUCUGGUUCAUGACUUAUGGCAAAAUUUUUGUGGAUAAUAUUCACCAAGGAAACGUACUUGUUGAAGGUUUUAAAUAAGGUGAUUUUGAUUGCUCUGUGCUCCAGUUGGUCAAGCUCAUCGUACUCAAGUUUUCUUUCUUAGCAUCUCUACACUUGGUGUUGUUUAUGCAAGCUUUGUCAGUUAGGAGUCUCGAAUAGGUAAGGUUCUUGAUAGUUGACCAUGUUUAGUGCUUCACCUCUGCCAUCGAGUGCUACAUGUCUAGUUCUGAUAUAGGUGUGAUUUGUUCUUCAAGAUUUGAUGUUUCACCACCUUCUUUUUUUGGAUUUAGGAUUUCAGUGCAUCUUGUCACAUAUCAUUUGAUAUUGUGAUAUAAUAAAUUAUGUUUGACAUUCUGUUCCUUAAAAUCUGAUCCAUGACUGUUUGCUAAUUUUCGGUAUCUGAUAUAUUUCAUGUAUCUCUGUCGGUUGGAUUACAAAGUAAAAAUGUACCUUCUCCUUUGGCUGUUUUCCAUGGGAUCAAUACUGAAGUUGAUUGGGAAUUUGGAGUGGGGCGUUAUAUAUUGGAUCAUUUGGGUGUUCCUUCUUUACUUUGUAGAAUUCAUUUCUUUCCAUCAUCCGUGAUUGAUUUUCAUGAGUCAAUAAGUUAUUCCGUUUGGUGCUUCUUACCAUCUUAUGUCAGUUAUGAGAGAAUAUUACUAAUG